CAAAAUAUACUGCCAACGUUUGACGGCAGCUCCAAGCUUCGGCACGAGGCCUUUAGAACAACGUUCUAAACGCUGCAGGACUCGGAAUCACAUCCAAUGAGCAACCAGGCGCACUUUGGGGGCUCCCAAAAUUCAAGUUGGUUACCAAAAGGUAAAAUUCACACCCGAACGUGACUUGGCCUUUUCCUCCGAUGAGUCCAGUAGUAAGUGAUAUCGAUGCUUCCAAAGUCGAAGGGAAUGCUUCUCCAGAAAUCAAAAACACCUUACUCAGGGCUUUGCAAGCCAUGCAGCGGCUGAGCCACGUCUCGCGAUCUACUGGCAGGCCCUUUAGAGGUCUCGAAGCAGAGAUCACAUCCCAACUACAACUAACAGAGGCAUCUAUAUUGUCAAAGACCGAGGAACCUGAGAAAUUUGAAGGUCGUGUUGUUUUCCAGGUGAUUGUGAACGAAGACAUGCUCAAUAGUGCUCAAAACAUGCACGGUGGAUGUUUGGCCAUGAUAAUUGACAACUGCUCGACUAUGCCCAUUUACAUCCUCGGGGCCUCGACAAACGGGCAUGGCGAAUUCGGCGUAUCACAAUCUUUGAAUAUCAUCUACCAUUCACCAGCAUUGACAGGAGACAAGCUACGCGUUGUGAGCACAACCCUCACCAUUGGUAGCCGAGCACUCUCAAGUCGUUGUGAAGUAUGGAAUGUUACGCGACACCGAUUAGUAGCAUCAGCUGUGCAUGUCAAGAUGGUUCCAUCUGAACCUAAGGCAUCUGAACCUGCCAAACUCUGACCUUACAUGGGCGCAGUCACGAAUCUAGGUGCUAUGUUGAUUUACACAUACCACAAACCUCAUCAUAUGAUCAGAUGGCUGCUCUGAAAGUUGACCUCUCGCCUGUUCGUACUCUGCAUGAAACUCAAGCAC